AUGACCGAUGCCACCUUCGAUUUCUUGCCCUUGGGCGCCAUUCUCCAGUCCUUCAAGGUCAAGGGCGUCAACAUCGUCCAGGGCUUCCCGACCCAGGACCUUUACGAGAAGCACAACUCACCCUACUUUGGCGUCACUGUCGGCCGAGUCGCGAACCGCCUUGCCUCGGCGCAGAUCAAGUCGCUCAACGGCGGUCAGACAUACAAGCUCGCCGCCAAUGACGGCAACAACAACCUGCACGGCGGCACCAAGCCCUGGAGCUCCAAGGUCUGGGAGGGGCCCAAGCCCGUCGGCGUCCGCGAGAUCCCCGGCGUCGAAGGCCUCCAGGGUGGCGAGAGCAUCGAGUUCUCACUGAUCAGCGAGGACGGCGACGAAGGGUUCCCCGGAACCGUCAAAGUCAAGGUCAUUUACACGGCCGGCACGCAGAAGGUCGACGGCAAGGAGAUUUCGGUGCUGGGCAUGGAGUACGAGGCGCAGCUCGUCGACGGCGCCGAGGAGACAGCCAUCAACAUGACGAACCACUCCUACUUCAACCUCACUGGCGACGAGACGUUUGCCGGCACCGUCGCGACGCUGGCGACUAACGCGUACCUGCCCCGCGAGGACGGUAUCCCCACGGGCGGUCCCGCGCCCUUCCCCGGCAUUGAGGGCGGCCAGCCGUUCGAGCUCGGCGUCGAGGGCCCCUCGGUGGACGACUGCUUCGUCGUCGAGGAGAAGGAGCCCGGCUCGGUGCCCAUCGAUACGCGCAAGCGGCAGCUCCAGCUGCACGUGCAUGCCAGACACCCCAAGAACGGGGUCAACCUCGAGGUCCUCAGCACGGAGCCCGCGUUCCAGUUCUACACGGGCGAGGGCAUCAACGUCCCUGCCGUGGAGGGCGCGCCGGCUCGGGGGAAGAGGAGUGGAUUCUGUGUCGAGCCGAGUCGCUGGGUGAAUGCCAUUAACGUACCAGAGUGGAAGGCCCAGAUGUUGUUGAAGAAGGGGGAGACGUAUGGCACUCGUAUUGUGUACAAGGCCUGGAGCGACUAG